AUGCAGCUCCGUCGUCGUCAGGGCCCUUUUAACACGGUGGCUAUAGCUCAAAAAGGAGAAGUCGAAGAAUUUACAUUAGACGAAAGCGAUGGCACUGUGUCGAGUCUCGGAUCUUACCCGGAUCAUUCCUUUCGUGAUCCUCUUCCAACGAGUAUUUUUAUGAAGUUCGAGAGUUUCUCACCAGACUACGUCUUCCAACGAGUCGACGACUAUCUCCACGAUCGUGACUUGUCUCGGCUAGUCACUGAUCGUAUUCUUGUCGAAUCCCAACGGAGAGACUCGCCACAAGAAAGACUCUUGUUCAUGUCAUUCUUGGUCAAAUUGACACUGAAAGUGUAUCACGCCGUGCCUUCUUCUAUUUCGACGUAUUCGGACCAAGAGAGCGAUGAGGAGUAG